GUUGACGUCAACAUGAAACGGCUUGGGAUCACUGAUCUGGGAUUCGUUUAAAAACGACUCGUUUAAAUGAUUCAGAGUCGACUCUUUCUUUUGAGAGACAAUAACUUUAUAUAGUGUGCAGUCAGAUUUAAAACUUUGCAGAAUGUUUUCAUUCACGUGGAGCUGUGUUACACACUACAGGAAAGAACAGCUAGAAUUGCUAUGAAGGGACUUUACUGCAAACCAGGAGACCAGGGUGUUGUAAAGUUUGUCUCACAGGAGACGAAUGUACCCACUAACAUUGGCAACCAUCAGGUCAAAGUUCAAGUGAAAAGCUGUGCACUAAGUCCAGUUGAUUUUAAGCUGUAUGAGGACCUCAAGCUUGAGAAAGAACUUGUCCCAGUCGGAAGGGAGAUUGCUGGGGUUGUUCUUCAAGUUGGACCCAAAGUGACCUUUUUCCAGCCAGAUGAUGAGGUUGUUGGGAUUCUUCCUCUGGAGGCUGAGCAGUCUGGCCUUUGUUCUGUUGUGGUUACGGAUGAAUAUAAUUUAGUUCAGAAGCCUGAGAAAGUGAGCUGGUUUGAAGCUGCAGCAGUAAUUAAAGACGGUCUCAGGGCUUACACUGCUCUCCACACACUGGCUCGGAUGGCUGUGGGUCAGACUGUACUGGUGCUGGAUGGGGCAGGUCCCUUUGGAGUUCUGGCCAUUCAGCUCGCCCACUAUCACGGUGUGAAAGUCCUGGCUACAGCUUUGUCUCCAGAGGACCAGAAGUUUUUGGAAGAGCUCCGUCCGAGUGUGGGUGUGCAGGAAUCACUUUUGGCUCGAGUGAUCGGAGUGUGGGACUCAAAGGAGGAUUUGGUCGACUCGUGUCUUGAAGAAACUGGAGGUCUUGGAGUGGACAUCAUCAUUGAUUCAGGAGUGAGACUCUAUGAUGAGGAGCCAGAAACACAGAGGCAGUGCCCACAUAAACAUGACCUCUUGACCCUUCUUUCAGUUGGAGGUCAUUGGGUCACCACAGAACAACACUUACAGCUGGACCCUCCUGACAGCCACAUUCUCUUCCUGAAAGCAGCAUCUCUCUCGUUCCUUAAUGACGAGGUGUGGACAACGUCCCGUGCCAAGCAGGGCAGAUAUCUUCAUAUCCUGAAAGAUGUGAUGGAUAAACUCUGCACAGGGACUUUCAGGCCGCAAUUGGAGGACCCUGUGCCUUUAUAUGAAGCUACGGUUUCCAUGGAAAUGGUACAGAGAAAGCAAACGAGGAAAAGAAUAGCUGUCAAGCUUUGAAGAGGACUCAAAAUGUGUUUUCUGUAAUUCUGCAAAUUGGGUUGUUAUAAAGCUCAUGUUUUUGUCAGUUGAACUUUUAA